AUGGCUGCCAUCAAGGACCAGUUCUCGUGGACGCCGAUGUGGCCGCUCAUCAUCAAUGCGCCUAUGGCUGACAAUUCUGGUGGUCUGCUCGCUGCUACCGUGACGCUCGCCGGCGGGUUUGGACUCGUGGGAAGCAAGACAGAUAUGAGCGUCACUCGGUCCGAGUUGAACAUCGCUAGAGACACAUUCGCGGCACAUCCCGAGGCACCGCAAGCCAAGUCCGAGACGCUGAAUGUUGGUGUUGGUUUUUUGCCUUUUGUUCUCAAGCUUGACGAUGCGCUCGAGGUGGUGAGAGAGUUCAAACCGGCUGUGGUGUGGCUCUUCGCAGCGAAAGAGUUCGACGACUAUGCGGUAUGGGCGAGGGCUGUAAGGGAGGCUUCUCCCUUGAGCAAGAUUUGGGUCCAGGUUGGAAGUGUCGCUUCUGCGCUGCAGGUUGCGAAGCAGACACGACCUGACGCUCUUUGCCUGCAGGGUGCAGAUGCGGGUGGUCAUGGGUUCGAGAAAGGCGCGGGCAUCAUCUCACUCCUGCCUGAGACCGCAGACGCUCUUGAGGAAGCGAAGCUCGAACACGUUCCGUUGUUGGCAAGCGGGGGUAUCGUGGAUGGUCGUGGCGUUGCUGCAGCAAUGGGCUUGGGCGCUGCGGGUGUCGUGAUGGGCACACGGUUUCUGACAAGCAAAGAGGCACUCGUACAUCCGGUAGUGCAAUCUUCCAUCCUUGAAGCGCGAGAUGGUGGACAAGUCACUACAAGAAGCAAGCUGUUCGACCAGCUUAGGGGUCCUAACAUUUGGCCCGAAGCGUAUGAUGGGAGGAGUUUGGUGAUCAAGAGCCACAAGGAGUACCUCGAAGGCGUCAGUCUAGAGGAGAUUCAGAAAAAGCAUCAAGAAGCUCUACAAGAGGAGGAUCUGGGGUGGAAGACGGGCCUAGAAGGACGUGCUGCGAUCUGGGCAGGGACUGGAGUUGGUUUGGUCAACGAAGUGGAAAGUGCGAGCAAGAUUGUGGAAAACGUCCGAGACACUGCAAGGAAGAGGCUUAAUUUGUUGCAGAGCCCUAGCCCAUCCGAAUGGCCGGCACAUGGAGGCACCUGA